CAGUGGUAAACGCAAAACGCAAUUGCUAAUACUUUUCUUCUAUAAAAAUAUUAUUAUCAACAUUACCGACUAUUGUAACUUUGUAAACUUACCGCUGAAAUAACCGUGCACAACAAAGAUUACAAAUGAUGUAUUUGCAUAAUUAAAUCGCUCGAAAGCGGUACCGUGGGCGUAAAAGCGUGUCUUAUACGAAUCAGCAUAACUAAGUGUUGAAAAUGAAGAUUAACGAGAAGAAUUUGUGUGCGUUCGCGUCGUCGGCGACGCCGGUGGACCGGGAGGGCUGGCUGGACAUGCGGGAGGCGGGCAAGAGCUACACACGCCGCUGGUUCACGCUGAAAGGGAAUCUAUUAUUUUACUUCGAUAAGAAGGGGGAUAAGGAGCCAGCGGGCGUUAUUGUUCUUGAAGGAUGCACUAUUGAGCUAACAGAAGAAGAGGAAGCCUACAGCUUCAAGAUCGUCUUCCAGUGUGAAGGUGGACGGACAUUCUACCUGUGCACCAACUCGCAGGCCUCUAUGGAGGCGUGGAUGAAGGCUCUAGCCUGCGCCAGCUAUGACUACAUGAAACUCAUGGUGGCGGAGCUACAGAGGCAGCUGGAUGAAGCUGAAGCGGAGGCAGCAGCAGAGGCCGCGGCGUUAGUAACCACUCCGACUGAAGAGCCACGCGCGCCGCCGCGGGGACAGAGAUACAACCCCUUCAACAAGCUGCCAGAGAACGAGCCAAAGGCCGUACCGGGCAGCAGGCACCACAAAGAGAACCUCCGACCAGACAUGUCUCGCAAGAAGGUUCCGUUCCGCGACAUCCAUACCGCCUUCGGUCGCAAAAUCCUCUUAGACCGCAGCGAGUGGCGCGCCACGCUCGCUAAGCGACAGAAUGUUGUGCAAUCACCGCUUAUACAGCUAUAAUAUCGCGAAAAAUGGAAGUUAAAAGGUUUUUAUUCGUCUGCGAUUUUAAUAAAGUGUAGACGCUAUUGAACUCGAGACUUCGCUUCGACAUUCAGUGGCGCGCCACGCUGGCCAAGCGACAGACGGCUGUGGAAUCACCGCUUAUACAGCUGUAAUAUCGCGAAAAAUAGAAAAUGAUCAUUCGUCUGCGUGAAAAAACAGUUACGAAGACUUCGAGACUCUCACGCUUCGAUAUUCACACCACCUUUGAACGCAAGAUGCUCACCGACUCGCAAGUAUUAAAAUGUUUCAUUUGACAGGUCGACACUCGAGCGGACUAUUUUGUAAAAUCAUUUUUAUUAUAAUCUAAGCAUUUUUAUUUGUAUUUAUCAUUUAAUUACUAUAAACCUUAUUAUGAUUUUGAUAAAUAUGCGCUCACUUGCCGAUCAGUAUUACAAGCGCUUUUUAAAUUAGUUCCUAUACCUGUGUAAA